AUGGCUAGUCAGCUCUCAUCCAGGAAAGGAGAGCAAGCCAAAGACGAACUCGAUCGCACCAUUCGCUCGCUCAGCACUGAUUUUCAGCUUCAGCUUCACAUCCCUGACUUAACUCUGUCGCCCAGUAAGCGCCGGCAACAGCAUCGCAAUGGAGACCAAGAGCGAAGCGAACACAUCUACCUAUGCGCAUAUCGCCUAAAGUUCCAGGACCCCAACCGUCUCUCGAUAUGUCUGACUCGCUUCCGUGAGCAAGCGGACGAGCAUCUCAAGAAUUGGAUCUGGAAGCCCCGUGCUGACCCUGAUACGACCCCGACCAAAUCCUCCUUCGGCCCACUUCCACACCGUCCUCAUACCCGCUUGACUCCAGAGGAGCGGGCCGAGCUACAGGACUUUCUGCUGCAGUUGCUCAAAGACGACAAUAUCGUGAAUCGCCAGCGUUCUAAGUAUUCGAAGCGCAAGUCUGAUGAAUUCCUGGAUCCUAGUUCCAAGAGAUCUAGAGACUCUUUCGAGGGUUCCCCUGCGUACGAUAGCAUUGACAGUAUCCCAGUUCGUUCUAGCGCUGUGGCCUCCAGUAGCCGUCUAUCAACGGGACGGCCCGCUCGAGGCGCAGGUACAUCGUCCUUCACCAAUGGUAUAGCCAAUUCCGCCACCACAUCAUUUGCCAGCACUCAGCCAUCAUCGUUCGGCAUAAGGUCAUUCAAUUCCAGUAGAGUUUCACUGGCUCCAACUGAUUUCACAAAUGACUAUGCGCCGAGCACUCAAGCAACUACCGUAACGAAUACCUCGUUUAAAAGAUCUCAGCAACCCUUUCAUAGCACUCAACCUUCCUUCACUAGCAAUGCGACCUCAUCGAAAGACAUUCAGAUUCCCUUCUCUCAAAGUAUUCGAAGAUUUGAGUACAAGCCACCAAGCGAGGAAAAUCACAAUGACGUUGAUCCAGCGAAACCGCCUUCAUUUCGGAGGUAUGGGGAUCGAACGCCCCCAGAGCCUGUCAUCGAUCUCACCAAUGAAGAUGAGCCCAUGGAAGAGCCAAGGCUUCCAGUUCUGUCAAUGCCUCAGCCUAUACGGAGCCAGGUCGAUUUGAAGAGAACAUGCCUGAUUCGAUCCAGCAGCCCCGCGACAGCCUAUUCUAGCCUGCCAGAAAUGAACGAGUUUGACACAAUGCUGCUCGAUGCUCCCAUCUUUGACCCAGAACCACCUGGAUGUGCGCUGACAGAUCGCCUUCGAAACAUCUGGCCAAAGUUCCCCAUUCCCGGGUUGAAUCAGGCCCCUCUGAUCAUUCUGUGGGAGCUUACCCGUGCCGCGCUUCAUUGUCGCGUGGACUUGUCUACGUGGGAUCUCGAAUACCAACCUAACGAUAGUUGGCAUGAUCAAACCCAGUUCCGAGGCCAGAUCUUCAGACAUCGACUCUUUGUCGGACAAGGCUUGCCUCCAGCUUGCGAUCGUGCCGUAUGGGAUGCUGCGUUCGGGUCAUUCGCCUCACAAGACAAAGCCGUCGUUCUUGCUGCAGAAUUUGUCUGUAAUACAGAAGAUUCUGGGCAAUUAUAUCGGCUCAAGCUUCAACCACCGCGUCUUGAGCUUGGACAUCGACUGGGUCGUCGUUUUGGUGCAGAUCGCUUCUUGGAAGUUAUCAUGCCAUCGCCCACUUCCAGAGACGCGCCCGACAUAAUUAAGCAAGACCCGCAAGGUGCAAAUAAAGUCAUCAAAUGGUUGACUGAGAGCCUUCAUUAUUUUGUCGGUCGCUCAUGGACAGCUUUCUAUACUCGAGAGGCUAAGAAGUCCAUCAAAGACCCGCGCCCUCCUCACAAGUCACUUACGAUCAUGCAAGAGCGCGUCUACUUCUUCGCAACUGAUGGUAUCAACUUUCGUCUUCCCAUGAGUCAGUUUCCUCCUUUGGAAGAAGCGACAUCUCUAGGGUAUCGUACAAAGAUGCGACGCUGUGAUCUCUUGAAUUGGGCUAUUAAUAUCGAGCAGAACUCCUCACAACCGGUGCCAAAGUUGUUUUCACGACUUGCUCUCAGCCUCAGUAAGACUGUUCCCACUAUCGUCAUUGAACCUCACCAAUUUCGACAUCGCGAUACAAUGCUAGGUUUCCACAAGUAUAUGAGCAAUAAAGAGAAGAAAGAGCAGAAGGAUAUGGGUGACGGUAUCGGUCGAAUGUCUCGCAACCUGGGGCGGAGGAUAGCGACUCACUUGGGACUCUUGGAAACACCAUGCGCAUUCCAGGCACGAAUCGGGAGUGCGAAAGGGAUGUGGAUAGUUGACGUCGAGGACGAUGGUCUUGACAACGACGAUUGGAUCGAGACUUAUCCCUCACAACGCAAAUGGAACUGCGACUUUGAAGACAUUCAUCACCGGACAUUUGAGGUGCGCGAAUGGUCCAGAGAGCUGAGGUCUGCUGCACUCAACACGCAGUUCAUCCCGGUUCUUGAGGCGCAGGCGCCUGUGCCCAAGGAUAUGCGCAAUGUUAUCGCUCGUCACCUGGCAAAUGGUCUUCAAGAGGAGAUUGGGGGUCAACUCGCUGCCAUGACCCAUCCGACUAAUCUUCGUGGCUUCACACAUCGCGGAUUUGACCGAGCGACACUGGGAAAUGUCCCAUUCCUGGGCGCCCUGCCAGAACGAGAAGAAGACAUUAUCUCAUACAUGCUCGACGCUGGCUUCGACGCCACCAAGUGUCGUUUCCUGAGAGAUAUGGUGUGGAAUAACCAGAAGAGACAGGCUGAACAGCUCAAGGCGAAGAUGAAUAUCAAGAUUCCUCGAUCGACCUACGCGUUCAUGACGGUGGACUUCACUGGUACACUAGAAGAAGGCGAGGUUCAGCUUGCGUUUUCCUCGAAAUUUCAAGCAGAUGGUGAAUCAGAUACGCUGCUUGAUGGGAUCAACAUUCUCGUAGCUCGAGCUCCAGCCCAUUUUGUCAGCGACAUACAAAAAGUCAAAGCUGUGUUCCGACCGAACUUGAAGAGGCUUAAAGAUGUCAUCGUGUUUUCGUCCAAGGGCAAGUCUCCGCUCGCCGACAUGCUUUCUGGUGGUGAUUACGAUGGUGAUUUGGCUUGGAUAUGCUGGGACCCUGAUAUUGUCAACAACUUCAACAAUGCGCCAAAGCCAAUCGAGCCGGAUCUCGUUGGGCAGGGAUAUCUCCGAAAGUCCAACCCAAGUUUCAGUUCUAUCCUGGAUGCGGCCACUGAUGUCGAUAGUGCAUGCGCAGACUUUCUUUGCACAGCGAUCUCGUUCAACAUGCAACCAGGGUAUUUAGGUAUCGCGACCAAGUUCAAAGAAAAGCUGUGUUACCUGGAAAGAGGAGUCAACAGCGAACGGGCUGUUGCUUUGAGUACCCUGGUCGCUCUCCUCGUGGACCAAGCCAAACAAGGAUUGUUGUUCACUCGUGAAGACUAUGAUCGGUUGAAGCGCGAUAUGAAAAUGAAAGGCAAAGACCCAGAAUAUGAGAACGAGAGGAGUUCCAGACGCAACUACGUCAACAGGGAUGGUUCCAUACAUAUUCUUGAUGAGCUCAAGUUUAUGGUAGCUGAGGACACAAUCGCAGAUGCAUUGAAGAAGUUCUCUGAUGCUCUCUUUGGGAAGGACGUCCCCGUACAAGCAUGGGACAAGGAUCUAGCUCGUCUUUGGGACGACUUCGAAAGCCAGAAGAACGAUUCGAGGAUCAUUGGCAGACUCAUGACUGCCCUCCGUGCACAGGUUUCUGAUACCACCAACGAAUGGAGGAGGGCAAUGGCUGGCGGUAAAAGCGAUCCCUCGAACAGCGACUUUGGCGUUAAAGUCAGAGAAAUACAUCAGAAAUGGUCUUCAUACCAACCACCACCCGAGCUCCUUACAUCGAAGCAAGUUAAGCCCCUCCUCGACAAAUGGAGCGGCGACCCAUCCUUAAGCAAAUGGGAGCUCCUCAAAGCAUCAACCAUGUUCAAACUAGGCUAUGAAAACUCAUACAACAUGCUCUGGCGUCUCUCAGGCAAACAACUCGCCUGGAUGAAAGCAACGAUGUCACGCAGCACAUCAGACGCAAGCGCGAUCGCAGUGACGGCUGAGAUGUGGAGUAUUCUCAAACCUGACAACAAGCGUAUUGCGGCGCUCAAUGCGCGGAGGCAGAUCGGGCAUGACAAUGAGAGUCUGGCGGCGCUGGAGGAGGUCACGGAGUAUGACGAGACGGGGACGCAGAUUGACGAUGCCUAG